AUGGCUUGCUCACGCGUAAAAUCUUCAAUUAAAUUCUGGGAGCGUUCUUUUUUACGAUCUCCACAAUACACCUUCCAGAAGCGACAAGCAUCCGGCCUCACUAGCAUCAAUGAGAUUUCUGAAGACGUACUCGCAGAAUCUGCCCUCUAUGCCCCAGCACCCUCAGACGAGGACAUCAAGUCUUUCGAUCCAAUCGCAAGAGCGAAGCGGCGGAAAAGGCAACUCCCUCAUAGCCGAUACCACUAUAAAGCACCUCGCUACUACCGCGGUCCCCUCCAUCCACAUCAGCCACCACCUCCUUCAGACCCUCAUUCCCGCGAGUUCGUCCCAGGCCCCUUCUCCAUCUCCCGCCUCGAAGAAACCUACCACAGCACCCUUGCCCCCGAUCUCCUAUCCCUCCUCUACACGCACCACCCACCAGGCACGCUUCCAGGACCCGUAGGCCAGCGCCUGCGAAGCUGGGAUGGCUCUUCUCCCUACCACAAGAACCGCCCUUUACGCCCCCCAAGAGGUGGACCCUCCCUUCGUCUCCUCCAGCGCAACAUCACGUUCCGCAACAUACCACGGCUGGAAAAGAUUCACGUUCACGCUUUUCUGCCCGCUUCGGGGAAGCACCCUAAUGAUGUCCCUGUAGGAUCUAUGGUCGUGCAAGCAAUCACCGGGGUCAGGGCGACAAUUUUCAAUGCGAGGCAAACCAUUCACAAUUUUGGGUUGACGAAAGGGGAGCCAACGGCUGUGGGUGUUGAGUUGAGAGGAGAGCAGAUGUACGAUUUUUUGGCUAAGGUGGUAGAUGUAGUGUUGCCGAAAAUCAAGGAUUAUGAGGGUGUGGCAGGGAGGAGUGGGGACAGCAGUGGAAAUAUCAAUUGGAGGCUUGAGAGUGAUAUUGUAGGAUUGUUCCCGGAGAUUGAGAUCAAUUAUGAUGCAUAUCCACCGAAAGCAAUACCCAAAAUCGAUAUUAUUUGCAAUACAACGGCUACGACAGAUAGAGAUGCAAGAUUAUUACUGGCAUCAAUGGGCGUGCCAUUCCAUGGAAAACAUGUUAAUUAA